AUGGCUCCCCCAAAACCCAACAACCCUUCUUCUAAGGAAAUUAUAGAAGAAGCGGUUAACCUUGCUCAUCUUCAAUUGACUACCGCUAUACAAGACACCGAGAUGCAAAUGGACGAACGUUUUCAAGCUGCAGCAUUAGAUCUGGCGCAGCAGCUUGGUGACAUACAUAGUAGAUUUGACAAAGAGAAGCAUAUUGCUGAUGUUAGACAUGAGUCAGUCAUGGAAAAUCUGCAGCUACUGCUAGCGCAACGCGUUUUCCCAGAUCCAGCUACCUCUCACGUUGCUGCUACAGUCCCGGUUACUGUUCAUUCCGUCGGUACUGUUCACCCCGACGGCACUGUUCAUUCUGCAUCUGGUAGUUCAGGUAUAUCUCACACCCCUUAUUCCAUCCCUAUGCUCACCCAACCCAUUCCACAUACUAUCACACCAACUUUCACUCCACCUCGUAACUCCGCUACGUUUUCCAACACCCAUCCACACCACACCACUACUAUCCCACCCAGAAUAUCCGCUGCCCAACCCCCUCCCCCAUUUCCUCCUAACCAUUCUACGUCCACACCUUUUAUUCCUACUCAAAACUAUAAUACAGCCUUCACUCCUUACACCCCCCACAUCCCAUUUCACUCAAACACCCAAAUCCCACCCUUACCUACUGCACGUUCCCCCAAACUCGAACUACCUAUGUUUGAUGGUUCUAACCCGCUCGAUUGGUUGUUUCAAGCGGACCAAUUUUUUAGUUUCUAUAAUUUGCCCCCGGAAAAUCGAUUAUCUUUAAUUUCAUUUUAUAUGAAGGGUGAUGCUUUGUCUUGGUUCAAGUGGAUGCAUCACAAUCACUUAUUAUCUGAUUGGUUUUCCUUUAUUAGAGCCUUAGAGUUAAGGUUUGGUCCCUCAACAUUUGAUAACCAUCAGGCAGAACUAUUUAAGUUGAAACAAGAAGGGACAGUUAUGGAAUAUCAAACAAAGUUUGAGAAACUUGGAAAUCAAGUGGUUGGAUUAUCUCAAGAGGCACUUCUAAAUUGUUUUAUUUCUGGUUUAAACCCAGAAAUUCAACAUGAACUAGCUAUUCACAAGCCCACUUAUAUUUCACAAGCAAUCGGACUUGCCAAACUGAUUGAAUCUAAAUUCAAAGAGGCCAAACAGAAACACAACAAACCCUAUAACUACCAAUUCAGCAAGCCCAAUACUAUUUCCAGUUUUCAGCCCACACAUAAACCCCCCAUACCUCUAACCACACCAACAAAUACUACAGCCAAAAAUUCCACCACACCACCACCGAACCGCCUGCCUAUUCGCCGUCUUAAUAACAGCCAACUUCAAGAAAGACGUGCACAAGGCUUGUGUUUUAAUUGUGACGAGAAAUUUAUUCCGGGUCACAAAUGUGCAAGCAAGUUCUUUCUACUUCUGGCUGAAGAUGACAUUACCGAAUACGAGCAACUUGCUGAGAUUUCCAGCGACACCGAGUUGCCCACAACAGACCCUUCCCACACAUAUUUUCAACUCUCCCCACAAGCUUUAACCGGACAGUUUUCCCCCCAAACCCUUAAAUUCCAAGGUGUUAUAAAUGGACUGCCAGUCAUGGUGUUAGUAGAUACAGGCAGCACCCACAACAUCCUCCAACCUAGGCUUGCCCAACAUCUCAAUCUGCCAACUUCAUCAAUACCUCAAUUCUCGGUAAUGGUCGGAAACGGCUCUCACUUGAAUUGCAAAGGCAUUUGCCAAGAUGUACCUAUCAUACUUCAAAACCAGCAGUUCUCCCUACCCUUUUAUCUUCUCCCAAUUGAGGGUGCAGAUGUUGUUCUAGGGAUGGCGUGGUUACGCACCCUAGGCCCAAUUAACGCUGACUUCUCAGUCCCUUCCAUUACUUUUUCACAUAACAACACUACAAUAACCUUGAAAGGCGACCCUCAAAUACACCCUGCCAUUUCCAGCUUUCACCAAUUCUGCCAACUGAUCCAUACAGACUCCAUAGCAUCCCUACACUUAAUGACCUUUGAGGAAAUACAACCUUCCACAGCCCCAACUCCUAAAUCUGCCCUUGAUACUUUGCCUACAUCUUUACCUCUUGAGGUCAGAUCCAUUAUUGAACAUCACAAAGAAAUAUUCCAAGCUCCCCAAGGCCUUCCCCCUCCUAGACCUCACGAUCACCAUAUUCCACUUUUUCCAAACACACCACCCGUCAAUGUAAAACCUUAUCGCUACCCUCACUACCAAAAAGAAGCCAUGACAACAAUUAUUAAAGAUAUGCUUAAAGAUGGGAUCAUCAUUCCAAGCCAUAGCCCAUUUUCCUCCCCUGUCCUACUUGUAAAAAAAAAGGAUGGCACUUGGCGCUUUUGCGUUGACUACAGGGCUUUAAAUGCAGUAACGAUCAAGGAUCGUUUUCCUAUACCUACUAUAGACGAACUACUUGAUGAGUUGGGGAAUGCAAAAAUUUUCACUAAGAUAGAUUUGCGCUCAGGAUAUCACCAGAUUAGAGUUUCGAUGGAAGAUACUUAUAAGACAGCUUUCAGAACUUUCGAUGGGCACUACGAAUUUCUCGUAAUGCCCUUUGGGCUCACUAAUGCCCCCUCUACAUUUCAAUCUGCCAUGAAUGACCUAUUGCGCCCUUAUUUAAGACAGUUUGUUCUAGUUUUUUUCGACGACAUCCUCAUUUACAGCCCUACUUUUGCUGAUCAUUUAACUCAUUUACAUAUUGUUUUUAAUCUUUUAAAAUCCCAUGUUUUUGUUGCGAAAUUGUCUAAAUGUGUUUUUGCAGUUGAUAGAGUUCAUUAUUUGGGUCAUAUCAUCUCUGCUGGAAACGUUGCACCAGAUCCAGAGAAAAUCCAAGCCAUAUUAGACUGGCCGGAACCACGUUCUCUCACGGCACUCCGCGGAUUUUUGGGCCUCACUGGAUUUUACCGUCGCUUUGUGCGUAAUUACGCCACACUCGCCGCUCCUCUCACCGAUAUACUACGUUCUACUAGAUUUGUUUGGGGUACAGAGGCGGCCGAAGCCUUUACACAGUUGAAGACCAAGAUGACCGACAUGCCGGUUCUUGUCUUGCCAGAUUUUACAAAACAAUUUGUUGUUGAAACAGACGCUUCAGGGGUUGCUAUUGGUGCAGUACUCUCACAAGAUAAUCACCCAAUUGCUUUCUUCAGCAAGAAGAUGUGCCCAAGGAUGCAAGCUGCUUCAGUUUAUGUGCGGGAGAUGUAUGCUGUAACAGAGGCAGUCAAGAAAUGGCGUCAAUAUCUUGUGGGUCAAAAAUUUCACAUUCAUACUGACCAAAAGAGCUUACGGAACUUGUUACUACAAAAAAUUCAAACACCGGAACAACAAAAAUGGGCGGCGAAAUUGCAAGGUUUUAAUUUUGAGAUCAUGUACAAACCUGGGAAAUCUAAUUUGGUUGCUGAUGCUUUGAGCCGAAAAUUUUCUGAAGAUCCCUUGCUGAUGGUUAUCUCUUCCCCUGUCCCUGAACUUCUGUCUACACUUAAGGCCUUUUAUUCCACGGAUCCUGCAGGCAAAGAUUUGGUAAGACAAAUGACUCAACAGCAUAACGACCAGGAAAACUUUACGUUCAUUCAAGGAUUGAUAUAUCACAAAGAUCGCAUUUUUAUACCUGACCUUGCAGAACUUCGCAACACCAUCCUUCAUGAGUAUCACUCCACCCCAACAGCGGGACACUCCGGCGUCAAGGCAACAAUGGCCAGAAUAUCUGCUUCUUUCUCAUGGCCGGGACUUUACCUCGCCGUCAAAGAAAUGGUGAAACAUUGCACAGUGUGUCAGCAUAAUAAGUAUGUAACUCAGAAAAAGAAAGGACUUUUGCAACCACUCCCAAUUCCAGGAAAAGUUUGGGAUGAACUUACCAUGGAUUUCAUCACGCAUCUCCCAAAUUCGUUCGGACACACCGUGAUCUGGGUGAUAUGCGACCGUCUCACCAAAUUUGUGCACUUCCUAGCUUUACCAACAAAGUUCACAGCUAAAGAUCUGGCUUCUCGUUUUUCAGUAGAGAUCUAUCGCUUGCACGGAAACCCCAAAUCCAUUGUCUCCGACAGAGAUUCCUUAUUUCUGAGCUCCUUCUGGAAAGAGUUUUUCAAACAACAAGGGACGAUAUUAAAAUAUAGUACUUCAUACCAUCCAGAAACGGAUGGCCAGACAGAAGUAGUUAACAGAUCGUUGGAAACUUACCUACGGUGCUUCACGAGCGAUCAUCCGCGACAAUGGUACAAAUUCCUCUACCUUGCAGAGUUCUGGUUCAACACUUCGUUUCACACAGCAAUCCAAAUGACACCGUUCAAAGCACUGUACGGACGUGACCCACCUAAUCCUUUGCACUAUGUCACCGAAGAUCAUCAAGAGGAUUCUCUAUCGACUUCCCUGCAACAACGCCAACAAAUACUUCAUCAGUUAAAAGAAAAUCUGAAGAAAAGCAGAACACAAAUGGAAAAACAAGCAAAUAAAAAGCGUCUUGAUGUGUCCUUCAACCAAGGCGACAUGGUUCUGCUAAAGUUACAUCCUUACCGGCAACAAACAGUGACCAAACGAACUUCGCAGAAGUUGUCUAAGCGUUUUUUUGGUCCCUUCCAGAUAAUCAAAAGGGUCGGAGAAGUUGCAUAUUUGUUGGAUCUUCCGUCCUCCUCGCGUAUUCACCCAGUAGUUCAUGUUUCCUUGCUUAAACCUUAUCAUGGCUCGCUAUCUACUACGGAAAUUCGUCCGAUCCCCCCUCAAGAGCAGCGACACAUUUAUGGGGACAUUCAAAACUUACAGGAAAACGAACCACUAAUUCCUUUGAGUUUGGUUGAUAGGAAACGAGAAGAGGGAGGUCCAAAAGAAAACACAAGUGCAGAAAAAGAGUUGAGAGAAGAAAAAAAUUCUGUGGGUCAAACACAAGAGAGAGUUGCAAGUGCAAGUGAAAAGGGGAGUACAAAUGACUUUAACACUUCUUGGAUUUCUGUCCCAAGUACCAUAAACAAUGCUCCACAGCUGGCAGGGGCCCACACUUCACCCUUCACGUGUCCCACGCGUUCGUCUGCUAUUCCCAAGUUACCGUUGGAACUCUCAAACCCAGCUAUUUUCCACCCACAGAUUUCCAAUACCACACUCAAAACUUUAUCUCCUCGGUCCAAGAAUCCCGUUUCCCCAUGCCCCCUAUCACCAGCCAACCAAUCAAAAACCUCCAUCCAGAUUUCACCCUUAUCCUCACCACCUAACCUUUCUUUUACUCCACCACCUAACCCUAAUUACCCUGCGGCCAUGCCUGCUUCAGCCACGUGUCCUUUUUCAUUGCCACUCAAACCAAACACAACCAACCCUGAAACCGGCCCAAUAGCUUCGCAAACCGGCCCAAACAACUCUCCUAUGAACCUUGAGGACAAGGUUCUCAUUGGGCCUAUGAGUAUUGAUAAGAAGACAAUCAGACCCAUUAGAAAUAAGACAAAGUCUGUUUUAUUAAAAGAUUUCUAUUAUUAG